UCCAGGCCCGGCCGGCGGGCACUGCGAGCAUGGCGGGCACGGGCGCGAAACGGCGCGCGGUGGCGACCCCGGGUGCCGCGGAGGAGGAGGGGCAGCAGGCGCGGGAGAAGAUGCUGGAGGCGCAGCGUGCGGAUGGCGUGGACUCGGAGGGAGAGGGCGAGGGCGUGACUCUGCAGCGCAACAUCACGCUGCUCAACGGCGUGGCCAUCAUCGUGGGUACCAUCAUCGGCUCGGGCAUCUUCGUGACGCCCACCGGCGUGCUCAAGGAGGCAGGCUCGCCGGGACUGGCGCUGGUGGUGUGGGCCGUGUGCGGUGUCUUCUCCAUCGUGGGCGCGCUCUGCUAUGCCGAACUGGGCACCACCAUCUCCAAAUCGGGUGGUGAUUAUGCCUAUAUGCUGGAGGUCUACGGCUCACUGCCCGCCUUCCUCAAGCUCUGGAUCGAGCUGCUCAUCAUCCGACCCUCUUCCCAGUACAUCGUGGCGCUGGUCUUCGCCACCUACCUCCUCAAGCCGCUCUUCCCCACUUGCCCGGUGCCCGAGGAGGCCGCCAAGCUCGUGGGCUGCCUCUGCGUGCUGCUGCUCACGGCUGUGAACUGCUACAGUGUGAAGGCCGCCACCCGCGUGCAGGAUGCCUUUGCUGCUGCCAAGCUGCUGGCCUUGGCCUUGAUCAUCCUUCUUGGCUUCGUCCAGAUCGGGAAGGGUGAUGUGUCCAACCUGGAUCCAAGGUUAUCCUUUGAAGGCACCAACUUGGACGUGGGGAAUAUCGUCCUGGCAUUGUACAGUGGCCUCUUUGCCUAUGGAGGAUGGAACUACCUGAAUUUUGUCACAGAGGAGAUGAUCAACCCCUAUAGAAACCUGCCCCUGGCCAUCAUCAUCUCCCUCCCCAUCGUCACACUGGUGUACGUGCUGACAAACCUGGCUUACUUCACCACCCUGUCCACCAAGGAAAUGCUGACGUCCGAGGCUGUGGCUGUGGACUUCGGGAACUACCACCUGGGGGUCAUGUCCUGGCUCAUCCCCGUCUUUGUGGGCUUGUCGUGUUUUGGCUCUGUCAACGGGUCCCUGUUCACGUCCUCGAGGCUGUUCUUCGUGGGGUCCAGGGAGGGCCAUCUGCCCUCUGUCCUGUCCAUGAUCCAUCCACGGCUCCUGACACCUGUGCCUUCCCUCGUGUUCACGUGUGUCAUGACCUUGAUGUACGCCUUCUCCAGAGACAUCUUCUCCAUCAUCAACUUCUUCAGCUUCUUCAACUGGCUCUGUGUGGCUCUGGCCAUCAUAGGCAUGAUGUGGCUUCGCUUCAAGAAGCCUGAGCUGGAGCGACCCAUCAAGGUGAACCUGGCUCUCCCAGUGUUUUUCAUCCUGGCCUGCCUCUUCCUGAUCGCCGUGUCCUUCUGGAAGACCCCUGUGGAGUGUGGCAUCGGCUUUGUCAUCAUCCUCAGCGGCUUGCCUGUCUACUACUUCGGUGUCUGGUGGAAGAACAAGCCCAAGUGGCUCCUGCAGGGCAUCUUCUCGGUGACCGUGCUCUGCCAGAAGCUCAUGCAGGUGGUCCCUCAGGAGUCUUAGCCGGACACCCGGACACCGCAGGGAGGCUGCACGCUAUCACUGCUUCCGGACGACUCACCGUGGAAAAGCACCGCCGGUCCCCAUCGUCCUCACAGCUGCAGUGAGUGCCAUCAGCCGCCCAGCACCACCUCUCUGUCCCUCUGUGGGUCAGGUACUCGGAGUGGCUGUGGAAGCUCUGGUACGAAUCGAGCCCCGGAAGAGGAACUUGCACCCAUCGCUGUGAGUGAGUGAGGAGUCCCAGGGCUGUGAUUGUGAGAGCAGUCACAUCACGCAGGCCUUCUUCCUUCCCUGAUGUGUUUUCUUCCUAACUUACAUUUUGGAUCAAAUGGAUACCACGAGGUGGAUUUUGUUGAACAAAAUGGUGCAGCCAGGAGCAAGAGAUGGUCUUCUGCCUUCCAUGCUGCCGGCAGCAGAGCGUGCCUCGAGCGGGACCAUAUCACUGUCGCCUGGUGGAAAGAGCUGCUGAGACUUCCUCGGACAUCGUCACCUCCACCGUGGACUUGCGCAGACAGCCCAACACAUGCUCUUGACUUGGGCUUUUUAAAUUUUUUUCUCUGGGGCCCUGGGGGUGGACCCCAAUUUGAGCUUGAUUAGACAAGCACUCUGCCACUGAGGUUGUGUGUGUGUGUGUGUGUGUGUGUGUGUGUGUGUGUGUUUAAUCAUGAAUAAUAGGGACAUGAGAGAAAACCCUAUGGGCUUAGGUCUCUUUGUCUUAAAAGGUCUUAGUAAUUUCCUCCCCUUGGCUCCAAAAGAGAGAGAAAUUUGGACAACACAGCUGGCUGUUUCAGCUGGAAGUUCACAGGAAAAUCCAGGCCCUGUCUGUCCGCCUGUCACAGCUCUGCAGUAGCAUGCCCCGAGCCUGUCUUGAGCACUCCCCCACACACCUGGCUCUACCUGGUUACUGCAUCCUUUGGGGAGGCUGAACUAUAAUAGACUCAGUUGUCCUGAGACUAUCAGGCAGCUCUCCACUAAGCCACCACCGUCCCCUCCCUGGUCCCCCAUGGCUGUUGUCCAGAGGAGGCCCCAGGCAUCCCACCCUGCUCUGCCCCCUGUUUUAGCAUGGCAGGUGCUAGCCAACACUGCUAGCCCUCCCCUGUGCAGGACCACCCUGCAGGCUUGCCUUUCUGUUCCUGGAGAGCGGGGAGAAGCAGCUGAGGCCCAGCCAGCACAUCCAGCUGAUCAGACUGUAUGGACUUGAGAUACAAGAGAAGCUGCUGGGCCCUCCUGAGCUCUGCAGUGUCCCCAGAGCACAUCCUCCUGGGAGGAGAGCGGAACUUGGUAUCUGCCUAGUACUGCCCAGGGCUCUUCACUGGGGGUCAGGGAGAGAGGUACAAUCCCAGAAGAUUGGCUCUCCCUGAUUUGCGCUGGAGCCAUCGCCCUGGAAGUCUGGACAGGACCAGACUGGGUUUGAAGGGCAGGGACACGGGGGCCAUGUCCAUGGUGCUGACCCAGGCCUGUCUCCUGCCUGUCCUCUGACGCCUGGGCUCUGCCAUCAAGAAUCUCGAGGAGCACAGAGGGGACCAUGGGCCCUCUGGAAAGACUACUCUGCUUGCACCCCUCCCUGACAUGUCCCCAGGGCUCCCAGAUGUGGGCUGGGUUCUUUUUUUGUUUUUGUUUUUGUUUUUUUUUUUAAGCAGACUCUGGCCUCACCAUAUUUGAUCAGUCCUCUUCUUUUGUCCUAACGCAUCACUAUGUAAAGGAGCCCCGUGCCUGGUUUAUUUAUUUCAGUGAUCAGUGUCUUCGUGAUCUUGCUGUUUGUCGUGUGAGAGGCGCCUGCGUCUGUGUUCCCACCAUGUUGGGGCCCUCCACUGUGGCAUCCCACGUUCAUGGCGUGUAGCUGUAACAUGUUUUAUUCUUGUAUUAAUGGCUAACCUGUUUUCUACUAGGCUGGUAGGGGUGCAGAAUUCUGUUUUGUUAGAGAGAAGUUAUUAUGUUUAUAAAGAAAAUUGGGAUUCUAAAA